GGGAGGGAGGAAAAGAGGGAGGGAAUUCUCUUUUUCUCUUUUUAUUAUGAUUUGUUCCUUUUGUUCUUCUGGGCAGCCCUAGUCCAGUCCCUCCCCUGACCGGCUGCUGACUGAACUGUUCUGCCCGUCUGUUGCAUUUCAUACCCUCCUGCAAAGUCUUCAUCAUCUCAUUGCUUGGGAUCUAAGCAAAGACAAGCAAACAUGGACCACAAGCUCCUCCUGGCACCUCUAGCACUGUCAGGAUGCUGCGACUGCUGCUGAUGCUUUUGAGACACAGACUUCUCAGUCUGUGCACCUGAGGCAGGAAGAGGUGCUGAAAUGCCCCCAGCAGUGGCACAUAGGGGCUGACAUCAGCCAAAAGCAGAGAAGCUUUCAGUGGAGGAGUAUCCUGGCAGACAAUGGACAGACUGCACCCCUCUAUGAGGAAGCGUCUGUACAGCCUCCCUCAGCACAUUGGAUCCAAAGCAUCUAUAAUGGACGAAGAGGAAGGUGAAGAGAGAGACACCUGGAAAAAGAGCAUUAAGCUGAAACCAUUGCCCUCGCCUUCUGCACUUAAGGUUCUUGACCCACGACCUGGAGCAAAGGAUACCCAUCUAGUUAUGGAAACUGAAGUAGGAAAAUCCCAAAGAACAAGUAGCAAUGGAGACUGCAGGAGAUUUACAGGUAGUCUCUCCUCCAUUGCCAGCUGUGGUCGGCACCUUCAUGAUUCAGACCCCAGUGAAGGGAGAAGGCUUAUAUCAGAGGGGGACCUUAGUCCUACUGAUGAGAAGUCUCCCACCAUGGACACUUCAGGAGAAACAAGCGCAGGCCAUUCCCAAGCAGAUCAUCCAGCGUCCCAACCUCGGAGCGCUGACCAGCACAGUACUUCUGUAAAGGUUGAAGGCAGAGAACAGACUUUAUCUGGAGGGGAUGAGGAACAGAGUAGUUUUAUGCACAGGCAGUUUGGGGCGCUUCUGCAACCGGGGGUGAACAAAUUUUCUUUGCGCAUGUUUGGCAGUCAGAAGGCAGUGGAAAGAGAGCAAGAUCGGGUGAAGUCUGCAGGAUUUUGGAUUAUUCACCCAUAUAGCGACUUCAGGUUUUACUGGGACCUCACUAUGUUACUGCUUAUGGUGGGAAAUCUAAUCAUUAUUCCAGUAGGCAUCACUUUCUUUAAGGAGGAGAACACCCCAGCUUGGAUUGUUUUUAAUGUUGUCUCUGACACCUUUUUCCUUGUGGAUCUGGUUCUGAACUUUCGAACUGGCAUAGUAGUAGAAGACAAUACAGAAAUUAUCCUGGAUCCACAACGCAUCAAGAUUCGCUAUCUAAAAAGUUGGUUCCUUGUGGACUUUGUAUCCUCCAUUCCUGUGGACUAUAUAUUUCUUAUUGUAGAAACACGUAUUGACUCAGAGGUUUACAAGACUGCCAGGGCCUUACGAAUUGUCCGCUUCACUAAAGUGCUAAGUUUGCUACGUCUUUUAAGACUUUCCAGGCUCAUCCGGUACAUUCAUCAAUGGGAGGAGAUUUUCCACAUGACUUAUGACCUGGCAAGUGCUGUAGUACGCAUUGUUAAUCUAAUUGGCAUGAUGUUACUGCUUUGCCACUGGGAUGGCUGCUUGCAGUUUUUAGUGCCUAUGUUGCAAGAUUUUCCUGACAAAUGCUGGGUUUCGCUGAACCGCAUGCAGAAUGCCUCAUGGGGAAAGCAGUACUCCUACGCCAUUUUUAAAGCCAUGAGUCACAUGUUGUGCAUUGGGUACGGUCAGCAGGCACCAGUGGGUAUGUCGGAUGUCUGGCUUACUAUGCUAAGCAUGAUUGUUGGUGCCACUUGCUAUGCCAUGUUCAUUGGCCACGCCACUGCGCUUAUCCAGUCUUUAGAUUCAUCACGGCGGCAGUAUCAAGAAAAGUACAAACAGGUGGAACAGUACAUGUCAUUUCAUAAGUUACCAGCUGAUAUGCGUCAGAGGAUCCAUGAUUAUUAUGAGCAUCGCUAUCAAGGAAAGAUGUUUGAUGAGGAGAGUAUCCUUGGGGAGUUAAGUGAGCCUCUACGGGAGGAGAUUAUCAACUUUAACUGUCGCAAGCUAGUGGCUUCUAUGCCGCUAUUUGCCAAUGCAGACCCCAACUUUGUGACCUCGAUGCUUACAAAGCUGAAAUUUGAGGUGUUUCAGCCAGGAGACUAUCUUAUCAGAGAGGGAACCGUUGGCAAGAAAAUGUUCUUUAUACAGCAUGGUGUUGUUAGUAUUUUAAGCAAAGGCAGCAAAGAGACCAAACUUGCUGAUGGAUCUUACUUUGGAGAGAUUUGUUUGCUGACACGAGGACGAAGAACUGCAAGUGUCCGAGCAGACACUUAUUGUCGACUGUACUCUCUUAGUGUGGAUAAUUUCAAUGAGGUUCUGGAGGAGUACCCAAUGAUGAGACGGGCAUUUGAGAGUGUAGCACUAGACCGCUUAGACCGAAUUGGCAAAAAGAACUCUAUCCUCCUGCAUAAAGUCCAGCAUGACCUUCGCUCCGGGGUGCUGAAUUACCAGGAGAAUGAAAUCAUUCAGCAGAUUGUUCAGCACGACCGUGAAAUGGCACAAGGACCACACUGCUUCCAGCCUGAGGGAGACUCUGCACCAACUCCUGUAAUAUGGACGCCACUAGUCCAGGCCCCUUUGCAGGCUGCAGCGGCCACCACAUCAGUUGCUAUACCUUUAGCUCACCAGCGUCUGCCAGCCAAUAUUUUCCGACCCUCAACCUCUGCAUUGGGUGUAUCAGCACGUGGAUUCCAACAGCUGCAGAGACAGCCUUUUUCUUCACGUUUAACAGCAGAGGGAUCACUAAACCAGCAAUCUUCUUUUCAUGUACAUCAGUUGGCAGGCUACUCAGCUGCAGCCUGUGUAAGUCCAAGACCACCUUCUACUGUGCCCCGUUUUGAAAGGGGUUUUACACAGCUCCGGCACCCCACCUCCUCAACUCCAGCUGCUUUUGACACCUCACGGUGGUCUUCAGGAGCAGGUUCUUCAUCCAGUCAAACAAGACUAUCAGAAUCUGAUCAGCAGCUCCCAGCUGUCUCUUCUAGACAAUGUCAAGGCCCAAGAGCCAAUUCGCCAGGUCCCUCCUUACCUGGAGCUUCAGAGCCACUAUGGGUAUUACCACCUCCAUUACAGAGAUUGGACUCUGCUGCUAGUUCACCUACAACACUCAGCCCAGGCCCAGUUCGAACCGCUCAGGUGUGUGGUUCUUCACGGUCGCUUCUCCUUCCUCAAACCGCUCCCAUUUCCUCUCACCCCAGCAGUUGUAUAUCUCUACCACUAAGCCGACUCAGGCAAGAUGGUCGACCAAUUUCUGUGUCCCAACCCUCCCUGCCUCAGCCAGCACCAGACUCACCCCAUUUUCCGCUACAGUUUACUCCUGACUUUACCUUAUUUCCCAGAGGAGGAAGCUCAGAUCUAACAGGCCACGCCACUUUGCCACAAGGGGGGUCUUCAGAAUUUGUGUUCAAAGCAAGUGGUGCUACUGGAGAGGAACUGCCUUUCCACUCUAAAUUAACUAGUAACCUAUGACCUUCUUCAUUGCUAGAGAUCUGCAGAAUGACAUACACCAAUUAUUAGGUACACAUUAUUUUCCAAGAUUGUUAAAAAAUAAAAAAGGUAAUUAAUGCAGUGAAAAAUAAAUGAUAGAACAUGGGUCAAAUAGACACCACCUCCCAGCUAAUGUAGGAAGAUUGCAAUGCACAGUUAAAUAUGAAUAGGUCAGUAUAUGCCCUUUGUAGAGAAACAUAUACAAUUGUUCUCCUUUUGCAUUCUGUUAGAGCAACUGUAGACAAAAGGAGCUAUACAUCUUUAUCCUCAAGAUUUCUUAUGAGGCGCUUUUGCCAACUGGUAUCAGUAUCUAGUUACCAGUUAUUCAUUUCCAAACAGACAAUUGCUAGUUAAAAAAAUACAGCACAUGCUUUUGCAGAUCUUUUAGCAAUGAUUAAGGAUAACAGUUGUAUUGGCUGAUAUUAAAACCCCCGACACAUAGAAGCCAAGUGUCCUCUAACAGGCCAGGGCCAACCUGUCCCCUUGCAAUAAGGCACCUGCUUUGUCUGUACUCCAUUUUGUCACCAAUGUUCUGCGUUCAAGUGUUAAUUAUGUGCUGAAGACAGAUGCACAAAGAGCUCCUCAGAUGCAGAAAAUAAUGACCCACCACUGUUGCCAGGGGGUCAAAGGCAAUUUAUUUUUAAAAUUCUUUAUGGGGUUAAUUAUUGCUCUGGUAGUUGUCACAUGAGUUUGAAAGCACAUGAUAUAUUAGGAUACACCUUUCAUUGCACCCGGUGUGUGUUUGCGUGUGGUUAGCUAGAGGGACAUUAAGGCAAGUACUGUCUGGCUUGCCUGCAUAAGCAAUAUUAUGUAACAUUUAUUGUCCUUGUGCCUUCACUUCCCCAAUGGAGUCAGAACAGGUAUGACCCUUGGGGGGCCCCAUACUGUCCGUUAUGAAGAGGCGUCUGUAACAUGGGGCAUGCCAUAACUGCAACCCCAUGCCGAUUCCAGAUUCUGCGCUUUCCUUGUUGCAAUAAGGCACUGCCUUGGCAUGGGUUGUGCAAUGCAGACACUCAUAUUGGAGAGUGCCUUAUUGUUGCUGAAUUUCAGAUCAGCGGUGUGAUAUCCAGCUAGCAUUAUGCUUUAUUCCUAUGUGCACAGGAACCCUAUAUUUCACCAACAGAAGCGUCUCAUUCAGGGAGCAAGCUGACUGAAUAGACUUGCCAUGCUGGAGCCAUUACUUUGUUACAUUAUUAUGGAAUAUGGGAAGGUUCUGUUACACUCACCUUUCCUCUGCCAGAGGUGUGCUUGUACGGAUUUGCAAAAACAAGUUUUAUGGAUUAGGAACCUAUAAAUAUAAAAGGAGAUGUAGGAAGAUAACAGGAAUCCAUUGUUUUUACCGACUGCUGUGCAAGCCAUGGAGCCUACAUAUCCAGAGAGACAGUGUUACCUAGAUCACCCACAAAAAUCACCAUUGUAUCUGCAAAUAUCUCCAUUCACUUUUUUUUUCACCCAAGCAAGCAUAUAUAUUUAAAAGAAACCCAGUGCUGAGGAAGCUGCCAUUGCAGACCUCUGCAUCUAGAAAUAAUAGCUCACUGUAGGCUGUAAUGCGGCUCCACUAUUUUUCCAAAUCUAGUAUACCAAUUAGGAGUUCUUCACUUUAACUGGGUCUUCAUAUGUGCUCUAGGUCAGUGAUUUACAGUAUUGAAACCACAAACAGCCAUAUAACUAGCACUUUCGGAAGGUGGUCUGUGAUGACAGCCUGAGUAUUACUCUAGGUGCAGGGGUCUUUUAACUUUCUUUCUACUCACAGGUUCUGGUGCAAUCUACAUGGUGCAAAGAGCAAUUCACAAAUCGUUUUUUAAAAAACAGCUACUCCAUUGCUUGCUUGUCAAGUGACAGAUAAGAGGGUGGCACUGGCACUGAGGACACUAGUUCUGUUAGACUUAAAAGAAAACCAUCAGUGAAAAUGAUUGAUCGAUAUGCUUCUUUCUAAAGCACCCAUGCUGUUCAUACAGUCCAAGCGUACAAAGAUCUGCUUGCAAUAUUACCGUACACAACAUACCUGCCCCAUGGGAAUGCAAGAACAUGAAAAAAGCCAUCUGACAUGUGGGUUCAAAUCAGUUUUUAAAAAAUUGCUUAUGACACAAAUGUAAAAGCCGCUAUUAAUACAAUCCUUCACUAUGCAGAUGUUUUAAGUUAAAAAAAAAUAUAUUUUGGAAAUUGUCUUGAAAACCUUUAUGAAGACAUUUAUUCAGUUUGUCAGGAAUGUAUUGCUGACUAGAUGUUAUGUGAAGAUGAUUUGAUGAAUGGGCAUAUACAUUCGAUUGGAGAGUCUAUUAUUUAUGGGAAACUUCAUUACUUUGCACUGGCAUUAGAUGAGCCUCAUAUUUCAUUGUCUUCAAUCACCAGUCUUCUGGUCAGCAACAAAUCAUCUCCUAUAUGCCCCAUUGCACUUCAUACAAACUCAUCUUCAUGGAAAGCCAGUAAGAAGCAUUGUGUAGGAAUAUAAUGAGUGAGAACCCCUUGGUUCCAUGUAUUACAAAAACAACAUUGGCGAUUCUUUUUGCACCCUUCUGGCAGAUUUGAAAGGCAUCUGGGCUUUUAAAAAAUAAACAAUUUAUGUUAGUGAUUAAUACCACACACAGUUAUAGACAGCAGGUAGCUAUUUUCAAAGAAAAAUAAAUAUAUACUUAAAGGAAAAUCAAUCACUUUGUGUAUUUGCCAACAACCUCUUUGUUUUAAAGAGGCUUCAGUUGUGUUUCUUUUAUAAUUAAACAUUAAAAUAUCAAAGAAAAAUAUUUAAUAUAUAUCUAUACACAAUUUCUGGAU